AUAGUUUUUUGUAUGUAUUAUUAAAUUAUUAACAAAAAUGUUUUGGACAACAAUUUUGAUCAGUUUAUCAAUUAUUUUAGUUUGGUUAUGUCAUCGGUUUACUUACUGGAAUCGACACGGAGUUAAAGGUCCCAAUUAUCCCGAGUUUUGGUCAUUUUUCGAGCAAUUGAACAAAGUUUUAGUUCACGAAUAUAACCGAUUCGGUAGACUAUAUGGUGUCUACUCUUUUCAUCAUAAGUUACUUGUAGUCAAUGAACCGGAUCUUAUCAGAGACAUUGUUGUCAAAGAUUUUCAUAUAUUACCCGAUCAUUACGGUAUGUUUACGGGAUCAACAAAUUUCAGAAAUGCACUGUUUUUUAUGAGAGGCGAUGAAAACUGGAAACGCAUCCGAUCGGUAGUCACACCGGCCUUUACGUCUGGAAAAUUAAGAACAAUGAUGACCAACAUUGACGACAUCUCCGAUAAAUUUAUUAUAACUUUAUCUGAAUUAUCAAAAUCAGGCAAACCAUUAGAUAUGCGUAAAUAUUUGGGCGCAUUUGCCAUGGAUGUGAUCAGUGCCUGUGCUUAUGGCAUAGAUGUCGAUUCAAUCAAUAAUCCUAAUCAUCCGAUUGUUAUAAAUGCCAAAAAAAUAUUAUCGGUUGACUCAAACUUUAGUUUCAUAAUAUCAGUAUUGAUGCCACCGUUGGCCCGAUUCCUUAAACUGGAGCCAUUCAAUGUAAAAGCUAUUGAAUUUUUUGAUAAUCUCACCAAACAAAUUGUCCAUGAUAGAAAACUAGCUAGUUCAAUUCAACAAAAUUUAUCAAAAAAUAAAAAAUCGGAUUUUAUACAAUUAAUGAUUGACAACGAGAAAAAUGAUGACGAGAUUGGAUCCGAUGACAAUACCGAUGAAGACAACAAACUCAAUGAGUUUCUUAACGUCGCCGAAGAUAUAUCCAAGAAAUCGCAGCUAAACUUAAGUGCCGACGAACUGACAGCACAGGGAAUACUGUUUUUUAUUGCCGGUUACGACACUACUAGCGCUUCGUUAAGUCAUUGUAUAUAUUAUUUGUCAACAAAUAUUGAUUGUCAACAAAAACUUUAUGAAGAAAUUGAACAAUCAAUUAGUGGACAACAGUUUACAUAUGAAAGGCUAAAUCAACUCAAAUAUCUGAAUGCAGUCAUCAAUGAAACAUUACGUUUAGCGCCGCCUUUAUUGGCCAUUCAAAGAGAUUGUCUACAAGACUACACAUUAGGAAACACCGGCAUAACUGUUCCAAAGGGAACUACAGUUGAAUUUCAUACCUAUACUAUACAUCGAGAUCCAGAAUUUUUUGCUGAACCCAAUGAUUUCAAACCGGAUCGCUUUCUGGAGCCCCGACACCAUCCCUACGCUUUCAUACCAUUUGGUGGCGGACCUCGACUUUGUGUUGGUAUGAGGUUUGCAUUGAAUGAGAUGCGGAUGUGUAUCGCAAAACUGGUCCAUAAUUUUGAGUUUAUACCGACACCAGACACUAAGCUUGAUUACUUUAAUGGCAGCAUUUUAUUUACACCGAAACAAGUUUUAAUGACAAUGUUGAUUUUAACUAUAAUAUUGACAAUAACGCUAUUUAUAAUAUGGUAUAUCCAUAGAUUUACAUAUUGGAUGAGACAUGGAGUCAAAGGGACUAAACAUCCGGCCAUUAGAAUAUUUUUUAACCCUUGGGUCAAAAUUUUGACCGAAAACUUUCAAAAAUACGGUCGCAUAUAUGGUGUCUAUUCAUUGCAUCACAAGGCUCUGAUGGUCGACGAUCCCGAUCUGAUCCGUCAGAUUCUGACCAAAGAUUUCCAUAAACUACCGGAUCGUUAUGCCAUGAAUAUGGGCUCUUCAUUGCUUCACAAAUCAUUGUUUUUCAUUGAGGGAAACACUGAUUGGAAAAGAAUUCGUACGAUAGUGUCUCCAGCCUUUACAUCGGGAAAGUUAAAGGCAAUGAUGGCCAGCAUUGGCCACAUUUCCGACAGAUUUAUUGCACACUUGUCUCAAUUGGCACAAACAGAAAAGCCUAUUGAUAUGCGCAAACAUAUCGGUGCCUUUGCUAUGGAUGUGCUCUGUGCCUGUGCUUAUGGUGUCAACAUUGAGUCCAUCAAUAAUCCCAAUCAUCCGAUUGUAGUGAAUGCCAAAAAAAUAUUAUCAGUCGAUCAGAAUUUCAGUUUUAUAGCUUCAGUUUUGAUGCCACCGUUGGCCCGACUCUUCAAACUCGAGCCAUUCAACAUACAGGCGCUUAAUUUCUUCAAUGAUUUGACACUAAAGAUUGUUAAAGAAAGAAAAUCAAUCAAUAGGACACCAAAACAGUUAGGUUCAGGAAAUAAAAAAUCAGAUUUUUUGCAACUAAUGAUUAACAAUGAGAUCAAUGAUAAUGAAUUUGAUUCCGACUAUAUGAGCGAUGAAGACAACAAAAUCAAUGAAUAUAUCGAUAAAGAGGACUUAACUAAGAAACCAAAUCUUAAGCUAAGUCCUGAUGAACUGACAGCUCAGGGAAUCUUCUUUUUUAUUGCCGGUUACGACACAACUACAGCAGCUAUAAGUCAUUGUAUCUAUUAUUUGGCCACAAAUAUGGAUUGUCAGCAAAAACUUUACAAAGAGUUGGCCGAUAAAUAUAGUGGAAAACCGUUUACUUAUGAAGAACUAAAUGAAUUUAAAUAUCUGAAUGCAGUUAUCAAUGAAACACUACGAUUGGCGCCACCGCUCACUAGUGUGGAAAGGGAUUGUAUUGAGGACUAUACUCUUGGAAAUACUGGCAUAACAAUUCCAAAGGGAACUACAGUUGAAUUUCAUCCCUAUAUUAUACAUCGAGAUCCAGAAUUUUUUGACGAACCCAAUGACUUCAAACCGGAUCGCUUUCUGGAGCCCCGACACCAUCCCUACGCUUUCAUACCAUUUGGUGGCGGACCUCGACUUUGUAUUGGUAUGAGAUUUGCAUUGAAUGAGAUGCGGAUGUGUAUCGCAAAAAUGGUCUUAAAUUUUGAGUUUACACCGACACCAGACACUAAGAUUGAGUACUUUAAUGGCCAGUUAUUGCUGACACCUAAAAAUGUAAUGGUUAACAUUAAAAAUCGAUAAUUAUAUAAACUGAUCA